UGAAAAGCAAAAAUUCUCCCCCUCAAUCCCUAUGGCUUAACUUGGGAGAGUUGAAUUUUCUCUCUACUACUCUUACGUCCACACACAUGUUGGUUUAAAUUAAUCUCUUCUAUUUCAAGACUUUUUGAUUCCAUGUUUGUGUAUCUAUCUACCCCACUUAUAGUUCCUAUUAUAGGUAACUAUUUCUUUUCUUUUCUUUUCUUUUUUUUCUAUUUUCUCAAUGAAGUCUCCCCUCAUCAUGGUUUUUCUCAUAUUCCUUCCUUGAGUUUACCAUUACAAACGCAAGCCUCAUCAAAUGCUUGCUUUGACCCUUGUCAUUUUUGGCUUCUAAUUGUUGUCUCAGCUAUAUUGAUUGUGCUGUUUGGUUGUGAUCAAAACUGGGUUUAUUUCAUUUAUGAUUUUUACCAAAGUUUCCAUGUAUUGAGUUCCUCCUGCUGAUUCAGAUCUCCAAAAUCCUACAGUUUUAUGAAAUCAUGUGCUAUUGAUGGUCAAUCCUAUUUCCAAUAGGAGAAAUUGACAACUGAAUCCAACUUUCCCAUAAUUUUUGUGUCUGUAAUAACGUGGAAAGAAGAAUAAAAAAGGCUGUUUUGGAUGAUUGGAAUCGGUGUGUGGUUCUGAUUAUUGACUAGUGCCUGUUGGUAACCUUUAAUUUGUGAGCUAUGGCAGGCAUUAAUGUCUCAGCUUAUGCUCAUAGUUCUGUGCACAAGGCCAUAUUAUUGAAGGAUCAUGAUGGUCUUAAGCAGAUACUUUCUGUUCUCCCAAAACUAAGUAACCCUUUUGAGAUUAAAACUGAGGCUGCUUCAAUAGCUGAGGAUGAGAAGGCUGCAGCCAUCUCUGUUGUGGUGGAUAGGAGGGAUGUGCCAAAUGGUGACACCCCUCUUCACUUGGCUGCAAAACUUGGUGACAUGGUAGCAACUGAAAUGCUCAUGGAUGCUGGUGCAAAUGGUAUGUUGAAGAACAAGGAAGGGUGGACUGCUCUCAGAGAAGCCAUCAUCAACAAACAAGAUAAAAUUGCAAUAGUUAUGAUCAGGUACUUUUGGAAUGACUAUGACAAAAAGUAUUUUAGAAGGUUGCCUAGGUAUGUAGGGACCAUGAGAAGGAUGAAGGACUUCUACAUGGAGAUCACAUUCCAUUUUGAGAGUUCUGUGAUACCUUUCAUCUCAAGGAUUGCACCUUCAGACACUUACAAGAUUUGGAAAAGGGGUGGGAACAUGAGGGCAGAUAUGACUUUGGGUGGCUUUGAUGGCUUGAAAAUCAAAAGGUCUAAUCAGAGCAUUCUUUUCCUUGGUGAUGGCACUUCAGAUGAUGAGAGGAAAGUCCGUGGAUCACUUUUCAAACUCUCACACAAAGAGAAGGAAGUGGUAGUGGUUUCACCUAGUAUAGUUGCCCCCACUGAUAGACAGGUUAGGAACACAUUGCUUAAAAAGUCCAAGUCUGAAUCAGUGAGGGUUGCUAUAGAUGUGAGUGAGGCACAUCUUGUGCCUCAGUUAACAUGGAGGAGAAAGGAGAGAAAAGAAAUGGUGGGGCCAUGGAAAGCUAGGGUGUAUGACAUGCAAAAUGUGGUUCUUAAUGUGAAAUCCAAAAGGGUACCUGGAGCUCCACCACCUGAGGCCAAGCCAAUUCCCAAAGAAAACAAGAAGAAGGACUCUGAAAAACUUGAUGAGAUUUUGACAGAUGAUGAAAAGAAGCAGUUAGAGGCUGCAAUGAAUGCAACAGAGGAAAAUGGCCACAGUCACAAGAGUCACAAGAAAGAAAAGAAAGGAAGGUCUGGUGGACAUAGAGAGAACCACCACAAAGGGAAAAACACCAAUGCAUCUUCUGAGAAUUCUUCUGGACCCAAGGAAGAAAGCCAGUUCAAGAGAGGAAUGAUGCCUGCACUUUGGCUUUCACAAAACUUUCCACUCAAAAUUGAAGAAUUGCUACCUAUGCUUGACAUUCUUGCAGAAAAACUUAAAGCGGUUCGCCGGUUAAGAGAACUCCUUACAACAAAGCUUCCAAAGGAAUCCUUUCCAGUCAAGGUUGCCAUCCCUGUGGUGUCGACAGUUAGAGUAUUGGUGACUUUUAACAAGUUUGAAGAAAUACAACAGGAAAAUGCAGAUGAGUUUGAAUCAGCCCCAUCAAGUCCUACUUCUGGUCAAGAGAACUCAGAAGAAGGGGAUUCAGAUGUGGAUGUGGAUGUGGAUGAAUCGGAAUCCUCCUCAAAAUCAUGGUUUCAGUGGAUAAAGACCCCUUCUAGAUCUAGUUCAACAGCUGCUGAAUCUAGUAGUAGGAUACAUGAUGACCAGGACCUUUUUGCUAUUCCCCCUGAUUAUAAAUGGAUUACUAUUGAAGACAAGUUAAAAGAGAAAGGAUUAGAAUAGGCAAAGUGCACAAAAGUAAUAACUAAUUAACAAGGUUGAUACAUCAUUAGCAAGCUUCAUGGUCAUGGCUGAGUGAUAAUAUUAGAGGCUACAAACAAGAUUUCAGUUAGGAACUUAAUAAGGGUGAACCAAAAGUUGAGGUAGGGAAAUGUGAGAAGUUAAGGAAAAAUUAAGCAAUAGCUAGACUCGCUACCUUCACAUGUGACCAACAACCAUCAUUUGUAACUAAUGCCUUAUUUCUAUCAUAUCCUUUGUAGUUUUUCCGUCUUGUUUGCUUAUUUUUAAUCAAAUACAAGUAGAGCAAAGGAUCAAAUUAACCAAUUGUAACCAUUUUUUUUUUUUUUGUAACAAUUCAAAUAC